CUGCGGGAAUUUCGCCAGGAUGUCCGCGAACGUAGAACUACUGUCGACCAUCGAUAUUUUGGUCUCAGGGACGUUCAAUACCCGGCCGAUGGUCGCAAGAGACGUGACGCUGUCGACAAGCCGACGCCCGUGAGUCAACGGUAACAACGUUUAUUAGCACGGAGUGAAGAUAUUACAGAACACGCCGGUAAGGCGUGUAGCGGAGCGCGAGACUAAUGGCGGACUGACUUGGACUGACUUCCCGCCGGAAGAAGAAGGACCCACAGCGCCACGACGGCACGGGUCAUGCAUAACAUAGAUGCGAGUAGCUAGUCGCCACACAGAGCUUAUUAGAAAAGAGAAUUGGAAGAAAUUGUACGUGAUAUACAAGUUUGUCAAGAAAACAGGAAGAGUAAUUUAAAACUGAGUCUCGAGAGCGAGCAAUAUUAUUAUAACACCUUACGACGUCAUAUGACCACAUAUCCCCGUGGGAGGUCGAGCACGUCUGGUUUUCGUCUUAGGACGUAAACUAACCUCCAAAAACCCCCCACAAGAUUCGGGAAAUGGAGGGGAAGCUAGAGGAUAUGGUGCAGAAUAUACCUGCAACUUCAUCGAACAUAAUACUCGGCAAUAUCACGGAAAGGAAAUUUAGUAUUGACAAGUAUGAGUUUAAUGACAAUCGUGUUCCCGUAGCGGCUGAGACCGGGUUUCCUGAGGUUUUUGGAUCCGACGACGUGUUACUUGUGGAAAAAAACAUGGAUGGUAAGCCAAGUUUAUUCUGGCAGAAAGUGUCAAAACUGAAAUCUGUGAGAGAUAAUUUGAAAGUUCAAAGAAACAAAUCUUUUUAUUGCAACAAAGAGAAAGCAGGUGUGAGCACAGAAGAUCAAUUGACCAUUGAAAUUCACAGGGAGAAUUUAGAAAAACUAGCAAAAAUGAGUGAAGCAGAAAUAUUAGAGGAGAAAAAGAAACUUGAGGAAACCCUUGAUCCUAAUAUAAUACAAUUUUUAAGAAACAAAAAUAAAUUUGGGAAGAGACGAAUUGAACAGGACAACAAGCAAUGCAGCGCUUCAGCAACAAGCGAAACGUCAAUGAAUACAUUUAGCGAUAAGAAGAUGAAAUUUUCGUCAAAUGACAAUAACUCAGGAAUGGACUGUGAGAUUGAAAUAACAAAUGCUUUAACUGCAAAAGAGACAACAAUGGAUACAGAAGAAUCUAAUAAUAGGAAAAAACAAAAUGUAAUUCCCUUAGAUAAUGUGGAUACAAAAAUGGAUUGUGAGGACAAUAACACUUUGAGCUUACCUGAAUUAUCUAAAGAAAUAUUUGAAAAAAGCAAGCAAAAAGGAUGGCUGCAUAUGGACACUCCCGAGCCACAAAAGUUGAAGUGGAUGGAAGAUUUAUUGGAAGAGAAAAAAGAUGACCCCUCGCCGAACGAAGAGUACAACGCGAGAUUUGAUUUUAAUGGUGUUUUAUUACCGUACAAGGAUGAGAAUUUAUCUGUAGAUAAAGGCCUCCAUCAUCAUGGAGAGGAACCCGAACGUCCUGGGUAUUCCCUUCAGGAAUUGUUGCAGCUGAGCAGGUCUUCCACUCAACAGCAACGAUGUACAGCCCUUACCACUCUGGCCAAUGUUAUGGAAAAGACGCGCAAGGGUUGGUAUGACAAAGCCUUGCAUCCAGCACCGCUAGUCGCACUCAGUCAAAAAAACGUCCUGCUAUUGCUGAGAUUCUCGCUGGACGAUUCGUCGGUGGCCGUGGUAACAGCGGCUUUGCAAGCUCUCCGAGCUUUCCUGGUCAGCGAGGCGGACGAAGUGUGUUUGGAUCGAUUGUAUGGAUUCGACGGAUAUGCAGAACCCACUCUGACGCCGCAACUCGAGGACAAAGAUACGAGUAAUCUGAGGGAUCACGAGUUGGCACAGUUGGAUACCGUGGCUACGUUACUGAGAUCGGAUUUUUUAUUGAGAAUUAGAUACAUUUUAAAUGAGAUGCAUCCACCACCUGUUGGAGUAACGUAUGCCUUGGAGAUACUCAUCCGUCUCGCGAGACACUCGCACGUAACGGCGUUAAACAUCUCGUCCACACCACAUUUGUUAGACACCAUUAUCCAAAAUUUUAUACCACUGUCUAUAGACCAACUAGCAAUGCAGGACGCAAUAAAUAAUGUUUAUGGCAUCCCCGUAGUUAAGGCGAUUAAGUUAUGUCGCGUUCUCGUCACGUACGGCAAGAGUCCCGUUGCACAAAAACUAAAUAACUUCAAAAUUAUUCAAGCUAUCCUAACAUACAUUAGCAGCGAGACGGGUAAAAAAGAUGACAUAAUUAUCAGCAUCGAAAGCUUGCGACUCUGGAAAAUUUUGUUGCAUUACAAAAUAGGAUUGGACAGUGUCAUGGGUGCCCAGUUAACUCUCGUAUCACAAUUGCAGCUGUUGUUAAGUAAUCACGAUAUCCAAAACACAUCCGAGUUAGCAUGCGAGCACGCCGCGGCGUUGAUUGCUGUAGCGAGUCACGAGAAAACAUUAAAAUCGAACAUUUCUAUGUUGCUAGCGAAGUGGAGUACACAAUUUUCUUCGGUAUCUAAUGCAAUGUGGAGUGUUAUGAAAUUGAUCGCGGUGAGUUUAUCCGCCGUUGACGAGAUAUCCGCGUUUAGAACAGCAUGGCUAUCCAACCAACAUGUUUUUUUAACUCUUCGUUCUAGUUCAAAUUUAUUGAGUGAAUACAACCCAGCUAUGGAUCGAGAACCAUCCUGCCUUCCAAACUUAGAUGUUCUCACGGAAAAUGGAGAAUUGCAGCCGAUCGUAUCAGUACAUUCGUGCAUACCAUUUUUGGCAACGAUACUGAAUACGCUUUACAACAAUUCUCGUGUAACAGAGAUUCGCAUAAUACUCGAAUUCCCAUCUUUCUACAAGUACAUACGAGACUUGGAAACGGCCGAAUGGAGUUUGGAAAGAUCGUGGUACAGCAGAACGGAAUUAUAUCUUUUAACAGCAACAGUAAAAGCGGUAGCCCUUCUUGGAGACAUAGUUAACAAUCAGAUAGCGCAAACUGUGUGGAAGAUCACCAUCAAACUUAUCUCAACAUUACCCGCGGAUGCCACGGAUCAUGUGAGAAAGCUCCUUCAAAUCGCAUUGUCGAACGAAAAGGUGAAGUUGGAGAUAAUCACCAACGAGCUGGCCAAAUUAGAUCUGACAUCCACAGUAAAUCAGGCCAAACUGGGCUUGCAUUCCGACGCGGCGUCGCUGUACGAGAGAUACAUCAUGCCAAACGGCGAUUGGAACCAGGCGGCGAUGCCGAAGGACUGGCUAUUCAUGCCGCUGGUUCACAUAUACACAAAGUGCAAAAACGACAUCAGAUUACAGUCGGAGGAUAAAGAUAGCGUGCUGACGGUGCUGAGUUUGGCGUUGGUUCUGCCCGAUCUUAUGGAGAAGCUGUCGCCCACUUUGCGAUUUAGCCGACUGAUACUGGUGUAUCUCUGUGACACAAUCUACCUAGACGGCGACGUCUCCGUGCUGUUUCUGAACGUUCUGUCGAGUCUACUGAGGAGAUACCACACGCGAUUAAACUUCCGGAUGGAACUGCCGGGGCUGAGCUCCUUCACCGAUCUGUUUACGGCGUUGUGCGAGCAUUUCUGUUCGAGCUCGUACGGCGACGACGGUUUUGCCAUGACGUUACUGGUGCCAGUGGCGCAACGACAUGACUCGCAUUACCGCAAACUGCUGUGGUCCGAGCAUGCUGCCGCGUUGCGAUACUUGAAACUGCCACCGGAAAAGCUGAUACUGCCGUUGAAGGAGUACCUCUAUCCGGAAGAAGAUGACACGUCGCUCAUAGAGAGUUACAUUACGGCGCUGGUCCGUGGGGUAGUUAAGAAGACGUGGUGUCCGAUUUCCUUCACAAUUGCUCUACAUCACUCGGCGAUGUAUCUGAAGCGCUCAAAUAAGCUGGCGGUGCGAAUGCGUACGCAAGUAGAGAAGCUGCAGAACAGAGAAAUCGCGGACGCCUUGUUGCAUUACGUACCACCGCGAUUAUAAAUGUAAAAUAACAGACGCAACAUGUGAUUUUGUAUUUAUUGUAUGUAAAUAAUGUAUAUAUAUCUUUUUUAGAUUUUAUACCAGAGUGACCCUUCAUUAUACAUCAAUUUUUAAUUUAAGAUUAAGAGAUUGCAGAACAUUCCGAGCAUUGUAAUCUCUAAAGCUUGAUUUAUUAAAUAAGUUCUUUUUCGUUGUAUUAGAAUGAAUGAGACUGUGAUCGCGCAGUGCUAGUGUAACAACACACAUGCACGUAUACGCUUAUGAAUAUUUAAAUACAUGCAUGCGCCUUGAAUACGCCCACACAAUUAAUAUAACUUCGAAAAUAUUUAAUCCGUGUUUGCAUGUGACAUUUCUUUUCUGACCUAGAAACACAUUUUGAAAUAUAAUCGAGAAUCACCCUGCGUAUGCAUUACAUUUAUACAAUAAUUCUGUUAAAAUCCAUUGAAUGCGAGUAGAGAAAGUAGAAACAACCUUCACAACUACAGUAAGUGUAAAGGUGUUAAUUGGUCACUUCACUGAUUGCCAGAGUUUUCAAAUAUUGAGAUGCUUUUGAGUUUUUACCAUAACAAUCGCGUCCGAGAAUGCUUCUAAAAUUAAUUCACACGCGAUAAACGCGUAUAUAUCAGGUGAAUUUUCUCGAUACAAAAAUUCUCCUUUUGAGGAACACGAAGAUACAAAAAGGAACAAGAAAAUGCAAACAUUAACGUAAAACGUAAAUGAAAACAACACCAGAGUGAACGCUUGGCGUUAAUAAUAUACACGUGAAAAUGUAUCGUGCAACUUCGAUCGCGAAGUUUUGUGAGAUCCGACACCGCGUCGUUGAAUAAAACUUCUGUUGAUGUUUUCAAUUUAAAAAAAAAACGCUUUUCCUCACCGCGGCAUAUUGCCUCUCGAUUGAUUUAUUCGACAAUUAAGUAUUAAUCGGUAAUCAAUGACGCCGCGUACAUUCAAUAUAUGACAUACAUACAUACAUGUCCAUAUGUAAGUAUUCCAUUAUCAUUCCGUUUGUAUUAGAGUUUGUUUUUUUAUUAUUAAUUCCUUCGUCAGAAAGCUAAAAAUAUCGGCCGAAACGAUUGCAAUUGAUUAUCCUAUAGAUGUUUAUACUUCAUCUUGUAUCUUGAAAUUAGUAUAUGUUAGUUACUAUGAUUGUGCAAUGCAAUCGACAUAAUGUAAUCAGUAUUCUAUUAACGCAUACAGCGUUAUGGAAAUGGAACUCUUAAAUAAAAGAUAUAUUUAUAAA